AGUCUGCUCAUUUCAUAAUAUUUUUAAAAUAUAGAGUGUUUCUUGCUUACCUCAAAUCACUUGAAAGAUACUGAAAGGGUCUUAACUCGACGCAUCUCGGCGAUGGAGAGUCGUAUGCCCAUUGCUAUAAUUACCUUCACCCUCGUCAUCUUCCUCUAUGCUUGCCCGCAUGCAGGAGCUCAAUCUGUGACUUUCCACUUCACAAACAACUGUCCAUACACAGUCUGGCCAGGAAUUCUGACGGCUGCUGGCGGUCCGUCUUUAUCUUCAACUGGCUUCACAUUGGCAACAGGUGCUUCAUCUUCGCUAAGUGUCCCUGCAACAUGGUCUGGUCGCUUGUGGGCCAGAACACAAUGCUCAACGGAUUCCUCAGCUUGCACGCAUGCAGGAGCUCAAUCUGUGACUUUCGUCGUCAAAAACAACUGUCCAUACACAGUCUGGCCAGGAACUCUAACGGCUGCUGGCCGUCCGCCUAUAUCUUCAACUGGCUUCACAUUGGCAACAGGUGCUUCAUCUUCGCUAAGUGUCCCUGCAACAUGGUCUGGUCGCUUGUGGGCCAGAACACAAUGCUCAACGGAUUCCUCAGGAAAGUUUGUUUGUGCUACUGCUGACUGUGCCUCUGGUGCCAUAGAAUGCAAUGGAGCCGGUGCGAUCCCACCAGCAUCCUUGGUAGAAUUUACUCUAAGAGGUGACGGUGGGAAAGAUUUUUACGAUAUAAGCCUUGUUGAUGGCUUUAACAUCCCAAUUUCGGUAACCCCGCAAGGAGGUUCUACUGGCUGCCCUUCUACAAGCUGUGCAGCUAACGUGAAUGCUGUUUGUGAUCCUAGUUUAGCAGUGAAGGGGGCAGAUGGGACUGUGAUUGCCUGCAAGAGCGCGUGUUUGGCAUUUAACCAGCCGCAGUUCUGCUGCACAGGAGAGUACGGUACACCUGACAAAUGUCCUCCUAACCAAUAUUCGAAGAUUUUCAAGCAGCAGUGUCCUGAAGCUUAUAGUUAUGCUUAUGAUGAUGAAACGAGCACGUUUACUUGUCCUAGUGGAGGCAACUAUUUGAUUGCCUUUUGUCCAUGAUCAAAUGUGGUGGUUCACAACUGUUUCUUUUUAUGGAAAGAGUUGGAGGACAACACAUUUAAUAAAUGUUUUUAUGAUAAUUAAUAAAGAAAUGGAAUAAUAGAUUUGGGAUUGACAUAUCCCAAAAGGAUGGAUUAUCAAUU